UAUUUAGUUCAGGCUAGCUAGCUUGACAGAACGGCUGUAAAGCGACCAGAUGGGAUUCUGCACUGCCUUCUUAACCGACUCCACACAUUUUUAAAUUGUAUCGCACCCAUUUUCAGCUGACUUUCCUGCCAACUAACAGCCCUGGCGUGACCACCAGACCCCACCAGGGAGGCUCGGCUGCGCUGUAAACCGGGACAGACGUUUAAAGAUCCCCGAGCAGAGCAAACAUCUUCCCGCUGAUCCAGAGGCGAGUGCGUGUCCAUCAUGCCGCUGUUUGGUAAAUCCCACAAGAGCCCGGCGGACAUCGUCAGGACCCUGAAGGAAAACCUGGCCAUCCUAGUCAAACAGGAUAAGAAGACAGACAAGGCGUCUGAGGAGGUGUCCAAGUGUUUGGUGUCCAUGAAGGAGAUUCUGUACGGGAGCAACGAUAAGGAGCCUCACACCGAGACUGUGGCCCAGCUGGCGCAGGAGCUGUACAACAGCGGCCUGCUGAUCUCACUGGUAGAAAACCUGCAGGUCAUAGACUUUGAGGGGAAGAAGGACGUGUGUCAGAUCUUUAACAACAUCCUGAGGAGGCAGAUCGGGACGAGGAGCCCCACUGUCGAAUACUUCUGCUCCCACCAAGAGGUCCUCUUUAUACUGCUGAAAGGGUACGAGACACCACAGGUAGCGCUGAACUGUGGGAUCAUGCUGAGGGAGUGUAUCCGCCACGAGCCGCUCGCCAAGAUAGUUCUUCAUUCGGACCAUUUCAACAGUUUCUUCAACUACGUGGAGAUGUCGACCUUCGACAUCGCCUCCGACGCCUUCGCCACCUUCAAGGAUCUCCUGACAAGACACAAAGUGCUUGUGGCUGAAUACCUCGAACAGAACUACGAUGCUGUGUUUGCAGACUACGAGAAGCUGCUGCACUCUGAGAACUACGUCACCAAGAGGCAGUCUCUAAAGCUUUUGGGCGAGCUGUUAUUGGACAGACAUAACUUCACAGUGAUGACACGCUACAUCAGCAAGCCGGAGAAUCUCAAGCUGAUGAUGAAUCUGCUAAGAGACAAGAGUCCCAACAUCCAGUUUGAGGCCUUCCACGUCUUCAAGGUGUUUGUAGCGAACCCCAACAAGACGCAGCCCAUCAUCGACAUCCUGCUCAAGAACCAGACCAAACUCAUCGACUUCCUGAGCAACUUCCAGAAGGAUCGCACAGAUGACGAGCAGUUCAACGACGAGAAGACCUACCUAAUCAAACAGAUCAGGGAUCUUAAGAAACCGGCCUCCUAGAGAGGCACCCUUCCCCGCCCUCUACCCCGACUUUUUAUCGAUAGGAAAACAUAGAAAAAAAACACAUUAACAAUAAUGGUUAUACUAUUUAAAAAAAAAAAUCUUCGAGACGUUAUUUGUCUUUUUUUUUUUUUCUCUUUGUUGGUUCAUUAAAAACUUGUGCAAGAAUAGUUCUCAAUCACUGAUCUUUCUUUUGUAAAUUUUUUUUUUUCCAUGAAAUCUUUUUUUUUUUUUUCAUCUGUAGCAUGUAGUGCCACAACUCACGACGUUGGAGGCAGCUGAUGUGCUCUGUUGGGAGAACCAGCGGUUAAAAAGCUUCAGCCAAAAUGGUCCAGUGGCUGUCGGACAAAACAGACACGACCAUUUUUUUUCUAAUUUUAUCAUGGUCACUGUCGACUUCUAAUUGUUUGAAUGAAGUAGCUGCAAACCAGAAAAAUUAUGAAGAUGUUUUUUUUUUUUAAACUGGGUCAACAUAUCAGGAUCAAGCAAAAAUAUCUAUUUUAGAACAUUUUAAGUGUGAAACACGUUCUCAGUCGUUGCUAAAAGCUUUGCUAGCUAAACGGCAACAAUAAUGCUCAGUUGCCUCGUGGUGGCCAAAUGUCUUUCUUGUGGUACUACCAAAGCAAAUGAUUGCUAAGGUUUGCUGAUAUGAAACUAAAAAGCGUCUUCAGACUUAAAACAAAUGUGAAACGUCAGCAUAGCUUCAUGGAUUCACACCAAAAUGGAAAACAGUCGUGUCCUUUAGCACUGAUGAUUCAGCAAGCAGGAAGGCUAACGCAGUUCUCUAAAGUUGGAAACACACUAAACGAUAAAUUAAGGCUGAUUUUUUUUGCUACGACAACAGACGUCCAAGAUCGCAAAGAUUCAGCACUGCUCUGCAAAGCUUUUAGCGUGUCACAGAAGCAGAUGUUUUAUGUUUUAUAGGAUGCAGGAAUCAGCUCUGACUGGUCAUGAUUUGAUUUAUCUCAAUGUGAUCCUGCAGUUAAAGCUAGUUGAUAAAUGUGCAAAGCCAAAACCUUUUUAUUCAAUCUUGAUUUAAAAAUCUUUACAUGUUUCCAGCUUUAAAAGCCUCCAUUUGUGCUAUUCUAAUAAACUCAAUAAGCUUUAGUAAGACUGAGAAUACAGGUGUUUUCAAGAGAAUUGGUUUCAGUCACUGUUAACCAAAAAUUGACAACAAAAAAACCGAGUAAUUGUAGGAAUCUUGUGUUUUGAACAUGAAGGGCCUUUUUAACUGAAUCACUGGUUCUCUUUGCUGGUGGCUGAUAGCACUUUCUGUAUGAUAAAAUAAAAAAAUAAUAUGAUGAUUCAAAAUGUUUUUUGUUAA